AUGGAUACGACCCUUCCAACUCUCCAUGCAUUUACCUGGUUCCAAAAACCUUAUAUAAACGACUCUGAGUCUCAGUCUGUAUACACACCCACAACCACAAUGAUCUUCCACACAGCUUCCACUUUCCUUCUCUUUUUCUUCUCUCUUUGUUUUCACAUUGCCAAUGCGGCCAAUUUUAAUAUCCACAACAACUGUCCGUUCACCGUCUGGGCUGGUGCAACUCCCGGUGGUGGCCGGCAGCUAAAUUUCGGUGAAAGCUGGUCUUUAGAUGUUGCACCUGGCACAUCAACAGCUCGUAUAUGGCCCCGUACCAACUGCAACUUUGAUGGGUCUGGUCGAGGCAGUUGUCAGACCGGUGACUGCAACGGCCUCCUCCAAUGCCAAGCUUUUGGUAAAACGCCCAACACAGUGGCUGAAUACGCUCUUAAUCAGUACAUGAAUUUUGAUUACUUCGAUGUUUCUGUUAUCGAUGGGUUCAACCUGCCAAUGGAAUUUAGCCCCACUUCCGGUGGGUGCACUAGCAGCAGCAGAUGCAUUGCCGACAUCAAUGGCCAGUGCCCUGACGUGUUACGGACACCCGGUGGCUGCAACAACCCAUGCACGGUGUUCAAGAACCAAAAAUACUGUUGUUACACAGAGGAUUGUGGGCCGACUGAAUAUUCAAGAUUUUUUAAAGAUCGAUGUCCUGAUUUUUUAAGCUACAAGAAUGACAGAACUGGCACAUUUUCAUGUCCUGGGGGAACCAAUUAUAGGGUUGUCUUUUGUCCUUGA